CAGAAGUGUAGAUAAUGAACAGAAAGCACCGCACGUCCGCCUCGUUUUCCAAGGAAAAGUUAAUUAUACCGAGUCGGCGAAUUGGUACGUAAUGCACGUGCCAAGUUUCCGUGCAUGAGGAUUAUGCACCUUGAAAAACUAUUGUUUUGCAUCUGGCUGGGUGUGUGGAGCGGAUGGUUUGCUGUGGCGCAGCUCAGUCCCAGCAGCGUUGUGGAAUGCCCUCCAAAAUAUUCAAAAAGUCUGUUCCGUCGGCAUGAUAUGUGCGUGAUCAAAGGUCAACACUCACAUCAAGAUGCCCGAAUAUCAGCAUAUGUGUACAAAUGCAUGGACCCGCGCAACGAGACGCUGUUCGAGUACCGCAACAUCCUGCGCGUCAUCACCAACGGUGACUCUUUUAAGGGCAGGUUUAACAUGUACAUAUUCACAGAGGACGAUGAGCUGCAAAAUUACUACUCGUGCAUCGCGUUCGACAGGAGCGAGGGGUUGUUCGUGGCCAAUUUCACCACCCUCCUGCCCUCCGACUUUUAUCUGGAAGUCAACUUUGAGCAAACGGCCGGCUAUUGUCACCCAGACGUCAUUUGAAGCUCACAAAGAUAAAGACGCCAGCAUCUGUCGCAAUCUGCGAUUUAUCUUCAUCCAGAGUUGGAUACUUUAAGUCUGAAAGUCGGUCAUAAAAGGACUGAUUACUUUCUGCCGAGGGAAAAUCAACUUUAGCCCUGGCAUUAAAAAGAAAUCAAACCGCUUUAAUCUCUUCUUUUACCUUUCAAUCUGAUCCUGGCUCUUAUAGGGAACAUUGCCAAUAUCUAGUUACAAAUUAUUGUUUCCCAACUUGUACAUAGUCCUUGUACGUCUCAAUCAAUUAAAAUUAUUGUGUAUUACAAACCACUGCACACCAAAUGCAAGACCGUAAUUUUCAUGAAAGUUAAUUGGAAUGUAUUUUUAAUUUAUAUUAAAAUUUGUAAGAUUUAAGAUUAAUUUAAUUAUUUUUGGAUUAAUGCACUUGUAAGUUUUCUUUUCAAUGUUCGAUUUUAACAUUUGCAUACUUUUUGUUAGAAAUUAUCUCUAUAAUGCCAAAAGAAUACUGAUUCCCUAGUUAAUAAUAAAACCAGGCUCGAAAUUCUAAAUUGAAACUCAAGCAGUGAAUUGCCGCAGGUCAUUAGGCAAUGCUAAAGCUAUGCGAUUCUCCAGAUUCCUCUGAAUCAGAAAUAUAGACUCUCAAGAUGCACACUCUCGACUGGAGAUAAAAUUUUACUAUGCCCAAUUACCUUAAACGGCCGUGCACAAAUUUUGCUUAAUGAAGUGCUAAAACCCGGUGUAAGUGCCACUUAAGCGCCUCCUCCAAACUCUCUGCUUUACUGCAACGCCCUUUUCGCAGCUUCGCGUGCGUGAGCGGGCAUUUGAAUUAAUUUGCCUAUAUCGCCCGAACAGCACGAUUUGAAGGAAAUUAAAAUCGUAAAAAUCAAUUUCAACCUUGACUAUAGACGACCUGCUUUUCGUUGAAGGCAAGAUGGUUGCCUAACGGAACGUUAAAAUUAUGAAAAUGUUGGAAUGAGGAGAAUACAUUUGCUCUCUAUUUUUUAAAACUCGUAAAGAAUUUAACAGUAAAAAAAUUUAAAAAAACGUUUAUGCUUAAAGUGAUAAUAUGGGCCUAGAAAAUUUUAGCAUAUGAAGUUUAUGAUAUUGUUAAUAGAAUUUCAAAAUUGAUUUUGGCAUAUAAUCUCAUUCAUCUCCUAUUUGUAUUUUCCAAAAAUAGUAAUUUGAAACUAAUGAAAUUCAUGAGUUUUUUAUUGAAAGAAAUUUUUCAGUUCAAUUAAAUUAUGAUUUUUGCAGUGCCCUUACAUUUACGAGCCCCCUUUUGUGCAGUAUAAAUUUCAAGGGCACUACAAAAAAUAAAUAAUUAUUUGUUUUUGCACCACGUUGGGAUGUGAAAGUUCAAGUGGGCAAUAAAUUGUGACGCGCAUAGCACGGCUAAUUUUUAUUUACAACCUGCGCUCGCCAAUAAAACUCGUGCACAUUCCAUGGCAGUGAAUUCCGCGCCAUAUUUGAUGUGAAGCGUGAUUUUUCAUUUUUCGCUCAAGCCGUUGACAGAGCAUGGAAUUUAAUAAAUACACGGAUUGCAAUGGUGGAGCUCUCGAUUUGACGUUUUAACUCCGGCGGAGCCAUCGCGAUUAUUUUUCGCAAUCUCCCUCGAAUUUAUUACUGGCGACUUAAUAACGCCUGGGGCGGGCAAGACGGAUCUGGUCACAAAAAGCAGCGGCCACUGCGGGAGCCACUGGAGAGCCGCAGAGGCACAUUAUAUUUUUGAUACGCGCCGCGGGUGGGUCUUCAAGUGCAACAAACGAAAUCCAUCAUCCCGACAGACUUGGUGGUAGUAGCAGUUUUUUUUUAUUUAUAGAUGAUUCAUGACGUCUGCCAGACGGAAAAUGAAAUACACUUCUCGACGAUAAUUCCAUACGCAACCCACAUUGCCUCGGCCCAUCGUAAAUUCUCAAUCGCGAGUAGAGAUAUAAAAAAAAA